AUGGGGAGCAUGCAAAAGGUGUACAGCCGCCUGAACCUCCCCCUGCCGUACGACCCCGAGCUUCGUGGGCACCGAAACAACAACAUCUUCAGAAUGGCUAACUAUCGCGUCCGCACGGUCGGCAUCUCGCAGAUACGCACGACGUUUUCAGGCGAGAUGGAGCUAUGCAGCGAGUAG